UGAAAGCGUAAAAGUGGCGGCAAGUAACGUGAAUAGUUGAACCAUCAGCAGUCAGACUGUCAGUGUGACGAGCAACUUUUUAACAGUCAACCGAUGUGACGUGCCUCAUUUUAAACAGGACGCUGAUGCUGUUGCUGCUGACACCAUGUCGUCACUAACUUUAAACGGAGUGACGGUGAAUUUUCCCUUUCCUCCGUAUAACUGUCAGAAAGACUACAUGAGCAAAGUGAUUGAAUGUCUUCAGAGGAAGGUGAAUGGCGUUCUGGAGAGUCCUACAGGUACUGGGAAAACCUUGUGUCUGCUGUGUGCCACCCUGGCCUGGAGAGAGCACUUCAAGGACACCAUCAGUGCGCGCAAGAUAGCAGAGAAGCUGGGUGGCGAGGAGAUGUUCCCAAACACGCCUCUGUCAUCCUGGGGGACGGCUGCUACAGACGGUGACACACCAACCUACUACACAGAUGUUCCCAAGAUCAUUUAUGCAUCCAGGACACACACUCAGCUUGCACAGGUUAUCAGUGAGUUAAAGAACACUUCAUACAGGCCAAAGGUGUGUGUUCUGGGAUCAAGAGAACAGCUGUGUAUCAACCAGGAAGUGAUGCGUCAGGAGAGUAACCACGUCAAGGUCCAUAUGUGCAGAGCAAAAGUUUCCACCAGGUCAUGUAUCUACUACAAUAACGUUGAAGAGAAGAGUACCGACAGAGAAUUGGUGGAUUCUAUCCUUGAUGUGGAAGAUUUGGUCAAAUUUGGCAACAAACAGAGGGCAUGUCCUUACUACCUCUCCCGUUCCUUGAAACAACAAGCAAAUGUCAUUUUUAUGCCGUACAACUACCUUCUGGAUCCAAAGAGCCGUAGAGCACAUAACAUUGAGCUAAAAGGAGCUGUGGUCAUCUUUGAUGAAGCUCAUAAUGUGGAGAAGACAUGUGAAGAAUCAACAUCAUUUGACCUGACUCCCUAUGAUGUAGCUUCAGCCAUUAAUGCUGUGGACAGGCUGCUGGUGGAGCAGGCUAAAGAUGUCAGCCAUGAAGACUUCAAUGCAGACUCCCUCAACUCUGGUUUAAAAGUGGAAUUAGACACCAUUGCCAAAAUUAAACAGAUACUGCUGGAUCUGGAAGCUGCCAUCGAUUCCUACGAUGUUCCAAGUGACAAAGGCAUCACAAAACCUGGAAUCUUCAUCUAUGAGCUGUUGGAGAGAGCCCAUCUGACCUACAACAGCAAGACAGCAGUCUGUGAAGCUCUGGAGCAGAUCAGUGGAUACUUGGCAGGACAACCAGGAAUAUUCCUGAACACAAGUGGACUGCAGAAGUUGGCUGAUAUCAUACAGCUGGUGUUCUGUGGAGAGCCGUCAGAAAAGGACAGACUGCAGCAGAUGCAGUCCAACACAGCUCAUUUUAAGGUUCAUAUCCAUCGAGACACCAACUAUCACAAGAAAAAAAGCACUGAUGUGUGGGCUUCAUCUUCAUCUUCAUCAAAGAAACAAGGCAACAUUCUGAGUUACUGGUGCUUCUCUCCUGGCUUCAGUAUGCAGGACCUGGUGAAUCAAGGUGUUCGCUGCAUCAUUCUGACCAGUGGUACCCUCUCUCCCCUGUCUUCAUUCACUUCUGAGAUGAGGAUAGAAUUCCCAGUGACUCUGGAGAACGGUCAUGUGAUUGAGCGGGAUCAGAUCUUUGUGAGCAUUAUUGACCGGGGCCCUGAUGGAGUGCAUUUAAGUUCAGCGUUUGAUAGAAGGUUUAUCCCUGAAAAUAUGGCAUCUUUAGGCAACACCGUGGCCAACCUGAGUCGUGUGGUUCCUCAUGGUCUCUUAGUGUUUUUUCCCUCUUUCCCCUUAAUGGAAAAAACUCUGGACUUCUGGAGAGCUAAGGGACAUGCAGAUCGCAUUGAAACUAUAAAGCCCAUGUUUGUUGAACCUAAAGGAAAGGGCACCUUUAAUGAGGUCAUUGAUGGAUAUUAUAACAAAGUCAAUGAUCCAGCAUCCAAAGGGGGAAGCUUCUUUGCUGUAUGUCGAGGGAAGGCUAGCGAGGGUCUGGAUUUUGCCAAUACUUUUGGUCGCGGUGUCAUCAUCACCGGCCUUCCUUUCCCUCCCAAGAUGGACCCUAAAGUCAUCCUGAAGAUGCAGUUCUUGGAUGAGAUGAGCAGGACGAAAACUGGGCUGAAGUACCUGUCUGGGCAGCAGUGGUACAAGCAACAGGCUUUCCGAGCUGUGAACCAGGCGAUUGGGAGAGUCAUUCGCCACAAGGAGGACUUUGGAGCUAUCUUCCUGUGUGAUCAGAGGUUUAAAGGCAGUGAUGCCCAGGCUCAGCUGCCAUUGUGGGUCAGGCCUUAUGUGCGUCUGUAUGACUGCUUUGGGAAUGUGGUCCGUGAUGUCUCUCAAUUCUUCAGGGUUGCACAGAAAAUGAGGCCUGUGGUAGAGAAGAGAGCUGCAGCAGAGCGCUGUGGAACAGUGUGUUUACCAGACACUCAGGCCUCUGGCUUCACUUCCUGCUCAUCCUACCAAAGCUCCCACACCCAGAAGGCCAAGGCGCUAGACGCUCAUCUUCCCAGCCUGAAGAGGAGGAAACUCAAUGAAUACACUGGAGCUGAUGGGAUGGCCAGGAUCUGUGUUGAGUAUGAGUGUGACGUACAGGAGAGUCAGCGAAGACCAGCCAACCUGCUAGACGCUCUAGAGCGAGGUGACCAUUGCAGUGGAGAAGACAAUGACACUGUUAUGGGAGCGAAGGUAAAUCGUUUGUCCACACUAUCUCUUCAGUAUGACAAGAGAAUGGAUGAUGAAUUGCGGGGAGGCAAACGUAAAAUCAAAUUGGUCAAACAACCGAAAAUUAGCCAGUCUGAGGACGUGUGUGAGGAAGGUAAAGCCAGCAGGACAAAGACUUUCCUGUCAGAGAUGAAGAAGUCACUGAGCCAGGUCAACUUUGACUGCAUUGUACAAGCUCUGCAGACCUACAAGAAGACCGACAACCUGGACGUCCUGCUGACUGAGACAGUUGUCUUAGCUGGAGAUGCUAAUACUCACAGUCUGCUUCGGGGUAUAUACCAGUUUGUUCGUCCACAUCACAAGAAGAGGUUUGAUGAGAACUGCCAGGAGCUGACUGGGCAGGGCUGUGGAUACAAACCUGAUCACUCACUGGCUAAAGACAUGAAGAAAGCAAACACACUGCAUGGCGCUACAGACAGACAGACAGUUGCGGGCCUAACAUCCUCCAGUGGGAAGUCUACCUGCAGUCAGCUGAAUACACAGCAGCUCAACAGAGGAGGACAACACCUAAACCAGCAGGGACUAAAAGAACCUCAAACUGGAACUGCUCCAAAGAGUGAUGUCCAUGCUACUUUUCUGGCUGAUGUGAAACAAGCCCUCGGAGCUGAAAAAUCAGCUCAGCUCUUUCAGGCUAUUUACAGCUACAAAAAGACAGACAACUAUGAAAACGUGGUGACCAUAGUGGUGAGCUUAUUUACAGAGAGAGAUGAGGACAUCCACCUUCUAAUCAGAUUUGGCAUGUUUAUCCGUCCUCACCAUAAGGAGCAGUACAAACACAUGUUGGAAGCUUUGACAGGUCAGUCGUUCUCUGCGGCUGAUGUUCCUGCUGUGAAUGAACACCAGCAAAGAGAUGCUUCAUCAUCACAAACUUUGAAGGCACAAAGCAAGAUUUCUAGUUUUUUCUCAAGCAGGCAAAAUAAGUAGAAUAUGAGUUACAUGAGCAUUGUUUAUGUGUUAUUACUAUUACUACUGACAUGAACUAGCCAGGCUCUGUUCUCGCACAGUAAUCUGGCUGUAUGGGGGUCUGAGCACUGAACACCAGGAUGGACUGCAUUGCAGAAUUAAUAAAUUAAGUGUACAAGGGUGGGAAGGGCUUUGUAAUGUAACUGUUCUUUGAUGAAUUAAUGUCAUGAAAAAUUUUUGUUUUUUGCUAAAUAAAUUCAUGAAAUCAA